AUGAAUGCGUUGUACAACCACGCGGUGAAGCAGAAAAAGUUGCUGGAGCAGGAGCUGAAUCGAUUUGAGCUCGGGGUGGCGGCGCCGGUGGGGCUGCAGGGUUCCAUAUCGACGGCACUGGUGGGACUGGAGCGCACAAUUGAGCAGUAUCAGGCGCAGGUGGCGCAAACGGGCAGCGGCGCGGAGGCCGGCAAGCAUGCGCAGCGCGUGGGCGAGCUGACGGAGUGCGCAGCGAGCGCGCGGCGGCGGUUCGAGGGGCUGCGGGCCGCGAGCAUGCAGCCGGUGGCGUUCCAGAGCGGGGCGGCAGCGCCGGAGGGCGCGGUGAGCCAGCGGGCGGCGGGGGCGCGCACGACGAUCAACAGCGCGGGCGGGCUGCCGUUGUACGAGGGGCUGCGCCGCGAGCAGAACAUGCUGGCGCGCGGCAACGCGCGCCUGGACAGCAUUCUGCAGAUGGGGCAGGAGUCGCUGGAGGACAUGGUCGAGCAGCACCGGAUCCUGCAGCGGGUGGCGGAGCGGAUGCAGGGCUCGCUGCGCACGCUCGGGGUGUCGGAUGCGACAAUCGAGCGCAUCGGGCGGCGCGUGAAGAAGGACAAGGCGAUCUUCUGGAGUUCGCUGACCCUGCUGGUGGUGGGUGUGUAUUAUGUACUGCGAAUCUUCGGCUAG